ACAUCUGGUAGAGGAUUACAUUUAAUUAAACAAAAUAUUUAAAAGAUACACACAAGAGAAUUCAACGUCAUAAAGAGGCGACGUUAAGUUUGUUUACCGCCAGUUCAACAUGGAGGAUUCCUCCGUAACAGCCGCUCUGCUCUGCUCCGUGGUCAGCCUGUCCGGGUCCCCGGUGCCCCCCCCGGUGUCCGGUACCGGGCUGUCGGAGCUGUGGCGGCUCCAGGCGGCCGUGCUGAGGCGGGGCAGGGCCCGGGAGAUGCUGCAGCGGGACCGGAGGAGGAGGCAGUAUCUCCGGAGGAGGAGGGCGUUCCUGCUCUCCUCCAUCACCGCCAUCCUGAGCCUCAUCUCGGCCAGCAGCAGCAGACACGUCUGGGUCCGGAACCGGACCCCCGGACACAACUUCUGGGCCCAGGCCCAGACCUUCGACCAGGACGAGUGGAAGGCCCAGUUCCGUGUGUCCCGGGACACCUUUGACUACCUGCUGGACCGGAUCGGCCCGGCUAUCAGGCGCCGGCGGACCAACUACCGCGCGCCCAUCGAGCCGCGGCGCCGCCUGGCCAUCACGCUGUGGUGGCUGGCCCGGUCCGGGGAGUACCGGUCCAUCGCCGGGCUGUUCGGAGUGGGCAUCGCCACGGUGUGUGUCAUCGUCAGGCAGGUGACCUGGGCCAUCGUGGAGCGGCUGUACCGGCGCGUGGUGUCUCUGGCCGGCGGCUGGACGCCACCAUGGCGGCCUUCAGGGACCGCUGCUACCCGCAGUGCGCCGGCGCCAUCGGCAGCACUCACAUCCCCAUCGCCCCCCCCAGGGACAACCCAGACCACUACCUCAACCGGGGGGGGUGGCACUCGGUGGUGCUGCAGGCCGUGGUCGACCACAACGCCUGGUAACAUCUGCAGAGACAACGCCGGCAGUGUUGACGGCAGAAUAGGCUCCAGAAUAUUUCCUUCUGGAUUGACAGGUGUGUUUUUGUUCCCCAACAGUUUCACGGACGUGUACGCUGGCUGGCCCGGCGGGACCAGCAGCGCCGCGGUGCUGUCCAGCUCAGACCUGUACCUGAAGGCAGAGGACCGGCCGGACGGUUACCUGUUCCCCCGACAGAACUCCGUGGUGUGUGACGGCGUGGAGAUCCCCGUGCACCUGAUCGGCGACGCCUCCUUCCCUCUGAAGCCGUGGCUGAUGAAGAGCUACCCCCCCGAGCAGCAGCGCCAGUCGGCCGAGCGCCGCCGCUUCUCGUCCAGCCUGGCGGCGGCGCGCUGCGUGGUCCACGCCGCCUUCACGCGGCUGCGAGGCCGCUGGCGCUGCCUGCUGAAGAAGAGCGACGUGGACGUGUCCGUGAUGCCGCGCGUGGUGGCGGCGUGCUGCGUGCUGCACAACGUCUGCCAGAGCCGGCGGGACGCCUUCCUCCCCGAGUGGGACGCCGACAUCUCGCCGCCCGCCAACGGCCUGAGACAGCCGCACGCCGAGACGCACGCCGGAGACACGUACUGCACCGCCGAGGUCAUCAGAGACACGCUGGCUCACAACAUGACCACUAUACUGCAGUACUGAUACUAUACUGCAGUACUGAUACUAUAGAUACUAUACUGCAGUACUGAUACUAUACUGCAGUACUGAGUACAUGUACUGCACCGCCGAGGUCAUCAGAGACACGCUUGCUUACAACAUGCUGACUAUACUGCAGUACUGAUACUAUACUGAAGUACUGAUACUAUACUGCAGUACUGAUACUAUACUGCAGUACUGAUACUAUACUGCAGUACUGAGUACAUGUACUGCACCGCCGAGGUCAUCAGAGACACGCUUGCUUACAACAUGCUGACUAUACUGCAGUACUGAUACUAUACUGAAGUACUGAUACUAUACUGCAGUACUGAUACUAUACUGAAGUACUGAUACUAUACUGCAGUACUGAUACUAUACUGCAGUACUGAGUACAUGUACUGCACCGCCGAGGUCAUCAGAGACACGCUCGCUUACAACAUGCUGACUAUACUGCAGUACUGAUACUAUACUGAAGUACUGAUACUAUACUGCAGUACUGAUACUAUACUGCAGUACUGAGUACACGUACUGCACCGCCGAGGUCAUCAGAGACACGCUGGCUCACAACAUGCUCACUAUACUGCAGUACUGAUACUAUACUGAAGUACUGAUACUAUACUGCAGUACUGAUACUAUACUGCAGUACUGAUACUAUACUGCAGUACUGAGUACACGUACUGCACCGCCGAGGUCAUCAGAGACACGCUGGCUCACAACAUGCUGACUAUACUGCAGUACUGAUACUAUACUGAAGUACUGAUACUAUACUGCAGUACUGAUACUAUACUGCAGUACUGAGUACACGUACUGCACCGCCGAGGUCAUCAGAGACACGCUCGCUUACAACAUGCUGACUAUACUGCAGUACUGAUACUCAACAUGCUGACUAUACUGCAGUACUGAUACUCAACAUGCUGACUAUACUGCAGUACUGAUACUCAACAUGCUGACUAUACUGCAGUACUGAUACUCAACAUGCUGACUAUACUGCAGUACUGAUACUCAACAUGCUGACUAUACUGCAGUACUGAGGCUCAACAUGCUGACUAUACUGCAGUACUGAUACUAUACUGCAGUACUGACGCUCAACAUGCCGACUAUACUGCAGUACAGAGGCUCAACAUGCCGACUAUACUGCAGUACAGAGGCUCAACAUGCCGACUAUACUGCAGUACUGAUACUAUACUGCAGUACUGAGUCUCAACAUGCCGACUAUACUGCAGUACUGAUACUAUACUGCAGUACUGAGUCUCAACAUGCCGACUAUACUGCAGUACUGAGGCUCAACAUGCUGACUAUACUGCAGUUCUGAUACUAUAGAUAAAUAUAACUUUAUUAAUGCAGGAUUUUAAUGUUUUUAUUAACAAAGAGGAAAAAGACAGACAGCCCUCUAACUGUCCCAACAGCAGUGAGAAUAACUUUAUUAACACGCUGAUUAAUAACAGGACAGAGAGAAUAACUUUAUUAACACGCUGAUUAAUAACAGGACAGAGAGAAUAACUUUAUUAACACGCUGAUUAAUAACAGGACAGAGAGAAUUACUUUAUUAACACGCUGAUUAAUAACAGGACAGAGAAUAACUUUAUUAACACGCUGAUUAAUAACAGGACAGAGAGAAUAACUUUAUUAACACGCUGAUUAAUAACAGGACAGAGAAUAACUUUAUUAACACGCUGAUUAAUAACAGGACAGAGAGAAUAACUUUAUUAACACGCUGAUUAAUAACAGGA